CAUUUGUAUUGGUGCUGAGUUUUCGAGAAGGUGAUUGGUCUGCUCGCCGGGGAUAUAUAGAUGUUCUAGAACAGUCUCUCGCUCUCUCUUCACCGGCGAGGCAAGGCAGGCACCGCCUCAGUACAGCACCAUCUUCCAUCGACCUCUGCUAAUUUUGUAACAAUGUCUAAGGGACCGGCAGUUGGCAUUGAUCUGGGGACCACCUACUCCUGUGUUGGAGUCUUCCAGCAUGGCAAAGUUGAAAUUAUUGCCAAUGACCAAGGAAACAGGACCACACCAAGCUAUGUGGCCUUCACUGAUACUGAAAGGUUGAUCGGUGAUGCAGCCAAGAACCAAGUGGCCAUGAACCCCACCAACACAAUCUUUGAUGCCAAGCGCCUGAUCGGCAGAAGGUUCGACGACGCCGUGGUUCAGUCUGACAUGAAACAUUGGCCAUUCAAGGUAAUCAGUGAUGGUGGACGUCCCAAGGUGGAGGUGGAAUAUAAGGGAGAGACUAAGAACUUCUACCCUGAGGAAAUCUCCUCCAUGGUGCUGGUGAAGAUGAAGGAAAUCGCUGAAGCCUACCUUGGAAAGUCUGUCAGUAACGCUGUGAUAACAGUACCAGCUUACUUCAACGACUCUCAGCGUCAAGCCACGAAAGAUGCUGGCACUAUCUCUGGUCUAAAUGUACUGCGAAUUAUUAAUGAGCCUACUGCUGCUGCUAUUGCCUAUGGACUGGACAAGAAGGUUGGCUCUGAGAGGAAUGUCCUUAUCUUUGAUCUUGGUGGUGGUACAUUCGAUGUGUCCAUCCUGACCAUUGAAGAUGGCAUCUUUGAGGUCAAAUCCACUGCUGGUGACACUCACCUGGGUGGUGAAGACUUUGACAACCGCAUGGUGAACCACUUCAUCACAGAGUUCAAGCGUAAGCACAAGAAGGACAUUAGUGACAACAAGAGAGCUGUUCGCCGUCUGCGCACUGCCUGCGAGCGGGCCAAGCGCACCCUGUCCUCCAGCACUCAGGCCAGUAUUGAGAUCGAUUCCCUUUAUGAGGGUGUUGAUUUCUACACCUCCAUCACAAGAGCUCGCUUUGAGGAGCUCAACGCUGACCUCUUCCGUGGAACCCUGGACCCUGUUGAAAAGGCGCUCAGAGAUGCCAAGAUGGACAAAUCUCAGAUCCACGACAUUGUCCUGGUUGGUGGCUCUACCCGCAUCCCCAAAAUCCAGAAGCUCCUCCAAGACUUCUUCAAUGGCAAGGAGCUCAAUAAGAGCAUCAACCCUGAUGAGGCUGUGGCUUACGGAGCAGCUGUCCAGGCUGCCAUCCUCUCUGGGGACAAGUCUGAGAAUGUUCAGGACCUGCUGCUGCUGGAUGUCACCCCUCUGUCUCUUGGUAUCGAGACUGCUGGUGGUGUCAUGACUGUCCUCAUCAAGCGCAACACCACCAUUCCAACCAAGCAGACCCAGACGUUCACCACCUACUCUGACAACCAGCCUGGUGUGCUGAUUCAGGUUUACGAGGGUGAGCGUGCCAUGACUAAGGACAACAACUUGCUGGGCAAAUUUGAGCUCACUGGAAUCCCACCUGCUCCUCGAGGUGUUCCCCAGAUUGAGGUCACAUUUGAUAUUGAUGCUAACGGUAUCAUGAAUGUGUCUGCUGUUGACAAGAGCACUGGCAAAGAGAACAAGAUCACGAUCACCAAUGACAAGGGUCGCCUCAGUAAGGAGGACAUUGAGCGCAUGGUGCAGGAGGCUGAGAAAUACAAGGCUGAGGAUGAUGUGCAGCGUGACAAGGUGGCUUCCAAGAAUGGCCUGGAGUCCUAUGCAUUCAACAUGAAGUCCACUGUAGAAGAUGAGAAGUUGAAGGGUAAAAUCAGUGAUGAGGACAAGCAGAAGAUCCUGGACAAAUGCAAUGAAGUAAUCAGCUGGCUUGACAAGAACCAGACUGCUGAGAAGGACGAGUAUGAGCACCAACAGAAAGAGCUGGAGAAGAUCUGUAACCCAAUCAUCACCAAACUGUACCAGAGUGCUGGUGGUAUGCCAGGCGGGAUGCCCGAUGGGAUGCCAGGUGGUUUCCCAGGAGCCGGAGCUGCUCCCGGUGGUGGGUCUUCUGGUCCCACCAUCGAGGAGGUUGAUUAAGCCAUUCUGAAUCUGCUCUACCUCUCCAAUGUUUACCUUUGUGCCCUCUGUAGCAGAAUUCCUGAGACUCUGUUAGUGGGUUAGGGUUUUGGUUGUUUCUGCUACGGAGUGACUGCAAAUUUUAAAAAAGGGGAUUAAGGGAUCACUUCCACAUCACAGGGAACAGGUUUUUUUUUUUUUUUCUACUUGAAUGUCACACAAUUUAUCAGCUGUUAUAGAUGUAUAAGUCUUUUGCAAAUGCCUGGUUUGCCUUGAAGAAAGUCUGAAUAAAGUGAGCACUUUUUUCCCA